AUGAAAACCCAAGAACCUUGUCGACGGAAUCAUCAUCCUUACAAAGUACAACAGGAAUUUGAGAUCCAGUUCCAGGGUCCAUGCGAGCAAAAUAACCCCCUCCUUUACUCCAAACUUUCUGCAGCUGUCACCCAGUAUCUAGAGGCUCGGAAUCACUGUUGGGAUGUAAAGUGUGAGUUCAGCAACCUGACAAUUUUUUGUGGACCAUCAACUGAUAACCAUAGAUAUCGACGCUCAGAUUACUUCACCGUCAUGUGGAAUGUGACCAUCAGUAAUGAUGAUCGUUUGGCAAAAUCAUUCAUUAAUGACAUCCUGACAGCCAUUGAACAGGAGCUUUCCAAAGUAGCAGAACUUCUAUUUAUCAAUGUCGAGGACCAGCAGUACAACUCAGUUCCUGGAAGUGUUAAGGUCAGCCCUCCAAAUUGGAUGUGUAAGACUGGAGAGAUGAUUCAGAAAGAUUAUUGCAUUCCCUGCCCUCCUGGUUCAAUGCUGAAUGUCACGUCCCAGAAAUGUACUUUCUGUAGAGUCGGUUUCUACCAAGAAGAAUCUGGUCAGACCAUCUGUAAAAUGUGCCCUGAUGGUGUCAGUGCUGAAGAGGGUGCCAUCGGCCUUUCUUACUGUAUCUCAAUACCAGCCAUUGACGAAAUGAGCAAGUUCCUCAUCAUUACGACCUGCACCUUUGGCUUUGUGUUUCUGUGUUUGGUAAUCUUCAUGUACCUGCAGUACCAACGACAGCAGCGCAAAGCCAGCAAUGUGAAGACUGCUCCAAACCCUAGAACUACCACCACUAGUGUCUAUGUUGCUCCACCUCCAUUCCCUAGGGUAAAGCCUGUUAACGAUGGUUUUGGUACUCGCGACUACAUGUACGUUCAUGAAUAUGAAGACAUUGAGAAUGCGUCUCAGGUUUCAAAAAUGCCCAACCCAAACAUGGAUGCUCUGUAUCGAAUCCCCCCCCACAUGCAGCGAAGACUUGCUUCCACAGAGAAUAUCUAUGAUGAUUAG